AUGGAGCGGAAGGACCUUUCGAGCAAUUGGAGAAGGCUUCAGCAGACUCUGAAACCCAGCAAUACUACGACUGGUAAGAGUUCAGCGAUAAAAAAAAGGACAUCAACUGGUAGCUCAGCGGGAUACAAUGACAGUGUGACGAGGAAAAUAUCAUUCUCUUCGAAGACCUCCACGGGUAUUAGGGGGAACACUUAUCGUGGACACCCAUCUAAACGGCGGAAAACCAUGUCCGCAGCUACGGCGGCUGCGGAUGAAGAUGGUGCGGCAACACAGCCCAGUCAAAUAUUGUCAGACAAGGACCUAGUGAAUAUAGGUCUCUCCCCUGAAAUCGAAGUGGGGAAAUACAUUGCAAUCGAUUGCGAGAUGGUUGGCGUAGGCCCGGACCCCGACAAGGACUCAGCCCUCGCCCGCGUCAGUAUCGUGAAUUAUAACGGGGAUCAAGUUUAUGAUUCCUAUGUUCGGCCUAAAGAAAUGGUUACCGACUGGCGCUCAGCGAUAAGCGGCAUCCUACCCAAACACAUGGUUGAGGCGCGAUCCCUAGAAACUGUUCAGCAAGACGUAGCUAAAUUACUUGACGGCCGUAUCCUCGUCGGGCACGCGGUGCGAAACGACCUAGAGGCCCUUCUACUCAGUCAUUCAAAGCGGGAUAUUAGAGAUACUAGUCGCUACCCGCCAUAUCGGAAGUUGGCAGGGGGCGGGUCGCCAAAAUUGAAGGUACUGGCUUCAGAGUUGUUAGGCCUGGAGAUACAAGGCAGUGCACACUCUAGCGUUGAAGAUGCGAGGGCGACCAUGAUGCUUUUCCGCAGGGAUAAGGAUGGUUUUGAGAGGGAGCAUGCGAAGAAGUGGCCUUCACGGCCCGUUCUUGUGGAUGGUGGAUCAGGUGAACAAAAGAAAAAGAAGAAGCCGAAGAAGAAGAAAAAGUAA